AUGGUUAAAGCAGUUGCAGUUGUCAGAGGAGACUCUACAGUCAAAGGUGUUGUUACCUUUGAGCAAACCUCAGAGAGUGAGCCAACAACCAUUAACUACAACAUCGAGGGUAACGAUCCAAAUGCUUUGAGAGGAUUCCACAUUCACACAUUUGGUGACAACACCAACGGUUGCACAUCAGCCGGUCCUCACUUCAACCCAUUCGGUAAGACUCAUGGUGCUCCAACUGACGAAAACAGGCACGUUGGUGAUUUGGGUAACAUCAAGACGGAUGCCAAUGGAGUUGCUAAGGGCACCAUCAAGGACAAGUUAGUUAAGCUUAUUGGUGUGAACUCCAUCAUUGGAAGAACCGUCGUUGUUCAUGCUGGAACUGACGAUUUGGGUAAGGGCGGCGAUGCUGGUUCUUUGCAGACUGGUAACGCCGGUGGCAGACCAGCAUGCGGUGUCAUUGGCUUGUCUGCAUAA